AGGUGGAUGCUGUUCUUGUGCUCUUCUGUGUUUGGCUCGCGGGUGCAGCUGGGAAGAUGGCCCUGUCGAGGGGUCACAAGCUGGAGACAUACAAACAGAGCAGGUCGCGAAGAGAGACCAGAAUGGAAGGAGGUGUAGGCCACAAAUCCGGAGGCCCAAUUUACAAACGAAGUCCAGACAUGACAAAAUCUCCCAUGACAAAAUCUGAGCAGCUCCUGAGAAUAGACGACCAUGAUUUCACCAUGAGGCCAGCGUUUGGAGGUCCUCCAAUACCUGUUGGAGUAGAUGUUCAGGUUGAAAGUCUGGACACCAUCUCCGAGGUGGACAUGGACUUUACCAUGACACUGUACCUGCGUCACUACUGGAAGGACGAGCGGCUGUCUUUCCCAAGCACUAACAACCAGAGCAUGACCUUUGACAGUCGCCUGGUGAAGAAGAUUUGGGUUCCUGACAUGUUCUUUGUCCACUCCAAGCGCUCUUUUAUCCACGACACCACGACUGAUAACGUCAUGCUGAGGGUUUACCCUGACGGCAACGUCCUCUACAGUCUCAGAGUCACUGUCACUGCCAUGUGCAACAUGGACCUCAGCCGCUUCCCUCUGGACACCCAAACCUGCUCACUGGAGAUUGAGAGCUAUGCGUACACUGAUGACGACCUGAUGUUGUACUGGAAGAAAGGCAACGAAUCUCUGAACACAGACGACAGAAUAUCUCUGUCCCAGUUCCUCAUCCAGAAAUUUCACACCACCACCAAGCUGGCUUUCUACAGCAGCACAGGCUGGUACAAUCGUUUGUACAUCCACUUCACCCUGCGGCGCCACAUUUUCUUCUUCCUGCUGCAGACCUACUUCCCUGCUACUCUGAUGGUCAUGCUGUCUUGGGUGUCCUUCUGGAUUGACCGCAGGGCCGUCCCCGCCAGGGUGCCACUAGGCAUCACCACAGUGCUGACCAUGUCCACCAUCAUCACCGGGGUCAACGCCUCCAUGCCACGGGUCUCCUACAUCAAGGCAGUGGACAUUUACCUCUGGGUCAGUUUUGUCUUUGUCUUCCUGUCGGUGAUAGAGUAUGCGGCGGUCAACUACCUCUCCACCGUACAGGAGAGGAAAGAGAGGAAACUGAGGGAGAGAUUGCCUUGUACAUGUGGCAUUGGCAACCCUGAUGAGAUGAUGAUCGAUCCCCAGAUCACUGGCUACGGGUCUAUGGACAUGAACACGACAGGUAAUUAUGGAAUGCCAGAGAAUGGCGGCCGCCAGGAGCGAAUGUUGGCCCAAGUGGCACUGAAUGACCCGCAGAUCGCAGGCCAGGUGAAACAAUCCAGAAGCUACGUGAACAUUUGGAUAGACACCCAUGCCAUAGACAAGUACUCGAGGGUUGUGUUUCCCGGAGCGUACAUCCUCUUUAACAUCAUCUACUGGUCCAUCUACUCAUAACGCGGAACGCAGAAGUAGAUCCUCUGUGAGAGUCGUCCAUGAUGAGACUCAAGGAGCUUGGCUCGUUUGUGAAAGAGCAGGAAAAUAACAUUGUAUUUAAUGCUUUUCAGACAGAGAAACUGCUCAUAAGAUGCUCGGGGACCACUGCGAGUAGACAAACAGGCCAGUCGUUGUUGGUUUUGUGACUCCAUCAGAUCUAUGUGGUUUCAUGUUGUAACUAUAGUGCUGUUGGUGGAAAGACAUUUUGAUAUUGUUGACGCCUGAGGACUCACUGCACAGAGAGAUUCACAAACAUGGACCUGUGUUAUUGUGCAGUUUAAAUCGGCUACAUUUCAGUCCUCGAUGAAGUGACUCUUUGACCACCUUUUCAAUACACAGACAAAUUCCUUUUCCUUUGCUUAUGAACUAAACUUGACAAUCAAUGAAAAAAACAAAAUAUAUUUUAAGUAACAGUUCAGCUUAUUUGCCUUUGUCUGGUGUAAAGUUAGAUGAGAAGAUUGAUACCACUCUCAUAUCUGUCCGUUAAAUAUAAAGCUACAGCCAGCAGCCAGUUAGCUUAGCACAAACAGUGUAAACAGGGGGAAACAGCUAGCCUGGUUUGCCAGAACUUCCAAAACUCAAGAAUUAACAUGUGAUAUCUUGUUUGUUUAAUCUGUACCAAAACGGAUGUGUAAAAACAAUACUUUCAGGGUUUUUUUAUGGGUUGGGUAAGUGCCAGGCUAUUUCUUUGCUGGGAAAAGUAACUUCCUGGAGUCUGCGCGAGUUUCCAACUACUCGGAGGUAAGUAAAAGAAGCCAGAAGAGACGCCGUCUCGCUAGCCUUAGCAUCAGCUAACUAGCGAUUGAAAAGCCAAAAAAAUAAAUAAACAGACGCCUCAGAAAUCAUACUGAAAACACUUGGUUGGUUACAGUCAUAGGCUAAUAUUAUAGUUCAGUUUGUAGUUCUCGCUAGAUUUUCAAAAAUCUAAGUGAGAAAACUACUAAAAACUUUUAAAAACGUAUAUUUGUUUACAAAUUCGGCUUGUUUGUCCGCCAUCUUCACCAGUGUUCGAAAGCUACGCCGGCUGCGCUGCUUUAUGGGUAAUAGUCAGCAUCAAGUCACCAUUGAUGCUUCCUUCAAAACUGGCCGUUACUGGGGCAGCCUGAAGGCAUCUCAGGAGACAGGAAGAGAUCGCUCGAGCCGUUUCAAACAGCACUCGAUGCCUCGCUCUCCUGUUAGACACCUUCUGAGACAGCAGUUUAGCCCGUUUCGAGCACAGCCCCUGUUUCCAGUCUUUGUGCUAAGCUAAGCUAACUGUCUCCUGGCUGUGGCUUCAUAUUUACUGUACAGACAUGAGAGUGGUAUCACUCUUCCUAUCCGACUCUUGACGAGAAAGCUUAUAAGCGGCAAUUUUUUUCAAAAAUGUGUAACUAUACCUUUAAAAACCUGAUAACAUUACGCUUCAAGUACUUUUGCAGCACGUUAACAUGAUUCAGUAUAUGUUACACUUUCUUGUGAUCUUUGUAUCGAUGCAGUUAUUUUGCUGUCAAGGUACUUACUGCAUUGCAUUUGUGUGAUUUGAAGUUUUGUAAAAAAGGCAAAAUAAUGCACUCUAUUAAAAUCAAACAUGUAAAAAAUAUGUAAAUCCCAAACACUGAUUAUGAUAUUGACUUUGUCCUUAUUUCUUCUUUUUUUGUUUUUAAAAAAAAAUACAACUGAAACUCAUCUCCUCUGUUUGGUGUUGUGAGGCUUUGAGGUUCACUGUGACCUGUUAGUUGCUAGUUUUAUCGUCUUUUUCAGCUUAAAACGACUUUAUACUUUAUUAGGCAAAAGAUAUUUUAAUAAUUUCUUUUGGUGGUUCAUGACAAUUUAAUGGCCAAACAUACAGAAAUUAAACUCUAGAAAAAUAUUAUGUAUGGGA